UUAAUUGCUGCCUUCAUGCUUCGAUCAUUUUAAGUAGAAACCGUAUCGAACGGAAUAAUUCAAUUACUCGCGGUGUCAAUAUCACGAUGGUACCUCAUAACUCUUUGAUUAUUUUCUCUAUAUAAAGUGAGACAACACCUUCCAAACAGUUACACCAAACAUUCCGAAAGAGUUUUUGCAACUAUGAAGGCAACGAUUGCACUAUUAAUGCUUGGAGCGUUGAUCCUGCUGGCGGCAGCGGAGAAUAAUGUCCAGCACAAGGAAAAGCGAGCAGCCAAUAACCAGGCAAGUGCAAUCGUGGAGAAAAUUGCGGAGAAGGGCAUGGUUUUUGCUGGUUCUGUCGUUGAAAAACUGAAAAAUAGUGAAGUGGCUCGAAAAUUGCUAGGAAAAGUUCUAGGCGCAAUGGGAACCCAAAGGGGAAAGCGCUCAAUUCAAACCGAUGCCAGGGUCACAAACUACAAUUCGGCCCAUUACCAAAAGCUGGUAUUACAUCAAACUCAUGCUACCGACCCCAGCACAAAUAGAGUUUCAACCUGCCCAAUCGCACAAAAUGAGCUGAACUGGAUUGAAACCAUAUUUAUUGCUGUACAACUUGCACUGGGGGAGGUUAACAAAGUUAUAAACGGACAAAAGGUAGGGUUUACAGUACCCAAACCAACGGCAUACAAGGUUCACGACUAAAUAAAAUUUGUGGUUAAAUAUUAGGUGAAAUUUUGCGAACGAAUAAAACAUUAUGCUUUAA